AAAAGCGAAAGAUAUAUGUGCAAAUCAGUGCACCUACGAUGUGACGCGUGUCCGUUUGACAGCUGUAUCCAAACAAACCGCUUGCCUGGAAGAAGCGGUGCCCAUAACGCUCCCCACCACCCCUGGUUACCGGUUCAGUAGGUUAUCCCUAUCCCUUCUUUAUAUACACCCCCCAACCGCUUCUCUCCUCUCACAUAUAAACCAGGUGGGGGCAAAGCUCUCUUCUCCACCCGCUCCUUUCGGAUCUCUUCCCCGUCCCUCCGAAUUAGACUGCUACUGAAUUGCACAGUCUGUAUUUGAUUUCAGUCGGUAGAUAGAUAAGAGUGCUAGAUCAGUAGCUAUGUCCAUGGCGGGUUCUAAGAAGGAUAUGGAUCGGAUCAAGGGUCCGUGGAGCCCCGAAGAGGACGACGCUCUCCAGCAACUGGUGAAGAAGCACGGGCCCAGGAACUGGUCCCUCAUCAGCAAAUCCAUUCCCGGUAGAUCCGGCAAGUCGUGCCGCCUCCGGUGGUGCAACCAGCUCUCCCCGCAGGUGGAGCACAGGGCGUUCACGCCCGAAGAGGACGAAACCAUCAUUCGGGCCCACGCCAAGUUCGGCAACAAAUGGGCCACCAUAGCCCGCCUUCUUUCGGGUCGGACCGACAACGCUAUUAAGAACCACUGGAACUCCACCCUGAAGCGGAAGUGCUCGUCGAUGACCGACGACGCCUUCGACGCACAGCCGCUCAAGCGAUCCGUCAGCGCCGGAGCUGCCGUGCCGGUUUCUGGCCUCUAUCUCAGCCCUGGCAGUCCUUCGGGAUCGGACGUUAGCGAUUCCAGCGUUCCGGUUAUGAGUUCGUCUCACGUGUACCGGCCGGUUGCGAGAACCGGCGGGAUCGUUCCUCCGUCGCAGCAGCUCGAAACGUCGUCGUCCACCAACGACCCUCCGACCUCGCUGUCCCUCUCCUUGCCGGGGGCGGACUCUUGCGAGGUUUCGACCCGAGCGGUGGAAUCGAAUUACGCACCGAAUCCGAUUCAGCUAUUGCCGGCUGUGGCACCGCCGGCGCCGCCUCUGGCGGCUCCGAUACAGACGGUGCCGGUUUUCCCGGAUUUUGGAUCGCCGCCGGCGGAGAAGCCAUUCGCGUUCAGUGCGGAGUUCUAUGCAGUGAUGCAAGAGAUGAUUAGGACGGAGGUGAGGAACUACAUGACGGGACUGGAGAGAAAUGGGGUGUGUUUGCAGGCAGCGGAUGGUUUUAGGAACUCGGCGAUGAAGCGUAUUGGGAUAAGCAAGAUCGAGUAGUGAUCGGUGAAACGAAACGAGCCGGACAGUAAGGGAUAUGGCCGAGUUAGCGACUUAGCUAGCGUGGAGGUGUGAAGGAGUAGACUAGAAGAGGUGGGAGAAAAAACCUGAACCGUUGUUUUUUCUCAUCCUCCCGUCUCCGUUUUCUCUAUAUAUUUAAAAAAAAAAAAACAAUAAUUUUGAUCAGUAACUCAAUGUACAGAGAGAGAGAGAGAGAGAGAGAGAGAGAGAGAGAGAGAGAGAGAGAGAGGAAGAAAUGGAAGAAGUUCAAAUCCUUAGGGAGAGAUUGAACUUUUGUUAAUUGUUAAUAUAUCUGAAUCUGAGCCUUGUUCAUCGGA